AUGUAUACCAUCACAACCAGCGUGGAGAUCGCAGCCCCUCCCGGGGUGUUCCUGGAUUUCGCAGCUUUACCCACUUACUCUCCAUCUGGCUUUAUUCAACACAUCUCUUCUGUCACUGACAAGCCCCCCACGCAUCUCCAAGCCGGGGACCGAUUGAACUGUACAGUCAACUACGGCAAGACGCAUUUCACGCCCAUUGUCAAAGCCAAUACCCCGGCCCUCUUCAGCUGGGUGGGCUCAAUUCCGGGAAUUUUCACCGGCGAACACCGCUUCAGCUUUGAAUCUAUUGACGCAGAUCAGCCUGGCAAACCGUACCGGACGCGCCUCGUCCACGAAGAGCGAUUCACUGGACUGCUCAGUUUUCUCAUGGGUCAAGGAAUGCUAGCCAACGCAGCGGGGUGGAGAGAGAACACCCGCCAGGGGUUCGACACGUUCAACCGAGAUUUCAAAGCUUGGGUGGAGGCCUCCUGGAGAUGA